AUGGUAGCGCUGGUCUCCAAGCCUGUGGCUGGUGUGUUUGAAUGUCGCUCGCCCAUGGUGACGCCUUCGCCUGAGCCGGUGAAGCUCAAGAAAGUCGAGUCGGUACCGUUUGUCGCGUCAGAUAAGGCGUACCACUUCUUGUUGGUGGACGACAACAUCAUCUACUUGCGGAUAUUCGCUCGGAUCUUGCGCAAGCUCUUCCCUCAGGCGCUGGUGAGGGCAAUCCAGGACCUGCUGGUGCUUGAGCUCACUGAGGAGCUGUUUCUGCGCUUCGAUUGUGUGUUUUUGGAUAUCGAUAUGCCCCGGGUUACCGGCAUCGAUGUUGCUACACAGCUAAGAAGCUUCCUGUCGCUAGACCACGUCGGGCUUGUGGCCGUGACUACAAAAGCGCUUCUCUCUGGUAUGGAGCUCUACGAGAGUAUAGGCUUCGAUCACACGUUCCCCAAGCCUUUGAACGUUGCGCAUGGAGACUUGUUGGAGAAGAUUGAACAAGUUGUUAGCGUCAGAGGUGCGCUCAAAAAGAGGUGA